AUAAACCCUAGAAUCCCUAAAAACCAUAGAUUAUAUUAUAGGCAAACCCACCAGGAUCUCAGAGCGCCGCACUCGGAACUACCCCACACCCCCGCCGUCGCCGCCGCUCUCCUUCCCCCCCCCCCCCCCCCCCCACCAAACCGCACACGCAAAUGCUCUCCGCCACCGUCGCCGCUCACCCCGCCACCGCCGCCAUAACCCUGCGGCAACGGCACUCGGUGCGCCCUCGCCGGCCACACUGCGCUCCAGUCGGCGCAGCGGCGCCGAGGCGGCGGAUGGCGACGGCGGGGCUCUCGGUCACGAACGCCCUCGCUAGCCAGACCCUCGGGGGCGUCCCUGCGGCGCCCCCAAAGCUCUCCUUCCCGAUACUGGUGAAUAGUUGCACUGGAAAAAUGGGGAAGGCUGUUGCUGAAGCAGCUUUAUCAGCUGGUCUUCAGUUAGUUCCUGUGUCAUUCAGUGCCAUGGAGGUUCCUGAUGGAAAGGUUGAAAUCUGUGAUAGAGAAUUUCGUAUUCAUGACCCAUCUGAAAGUGAACAAAUUCUCCCUUCCAUUGUUAAGGACUACCCAGAUCUCAUAGUUGUUGAUUACACUGUGCCUGAUGCUGUUAAUGCCAAUGCUGAACUCUAUUGUAAAUUGGGUUUGCCAUUUGUAAUGGGUACAACGGGUGGAAAUAGGCAACUGUUGCACAAAACUGUGCAGGAUGCGAAUAUUUAUGCUGUGAUAUCCCCGCAGAUGGGGAAGCAGGUCGUUGCUUUUCUUGCUGCCAUGGAAAUCAUGGCAGAGCAAUUCCCUGGUGCGUAUUCAGGUUACAAACUGGAGGUCAUGGAGUCUCAUCAAGCAACAAAAUUGGACAUUUCUGGGACUGCCAAAGCUGUUAUCUCUUGCUUUCAGAAGUUGGGUGUUUCAUUUGACAUGAACGAGGUAAAGCAAGUUAGGGAUCCCCAGGAGCAGGUUGCCUUGGUUGGUGUCCCAGAAGAACAUCUCUCGGGGCAUGCAUUCCACAUGUACCAUCUCACUUCACCUGACGGGACAGUUUCAUUUGAGUUUCAGCACAAUGUAUGUGGUCGUUCAAUAUAUGCAGAAGGAACUGUUGAUGCUGCUAUGUUUCUCUACAAAAAGGUACAGUCCGGGGCUGACAAGAAACUAUAUGAUAUGAUCGAUGUCUUAAGGGAGGGCAAUAUGCGAUGAUCCUAUGUUGGUGCUAGAGGAGUGCUUAUGUAGCCCCUCAGUGUGUAAACUCGUAUUCCGCAGCAAAAUUUGGUAACAUUUCAGAUGUACCAGUUUUGUAUCUUAUUGGGUAUUAGGCACCUCUAUGUGUUGGAUAGUGACUCCCUUGAGGGAAAAAUAUAUACUGGCUAGAGAAUUGAAUAAAUAAGUAAACGGCGGCCACUGCUUAAGCCA